AUGAAAGUUGAAAUUGUGGAAUUGGCUAUUUUGUUAUCUUUUAUAAUUUGCGUUGACGGAGAAAAUGUGGAGCAUAACUGCAAAACGGUAGAUGAUUAUUAUUUUAGAAAUAUAAAUGAAUCCGUAUGUUAUCUCAGUUGCCUUUCAAAUGCAUUAAAUAAAUUAUACAGCGAUGGUGAAAAGAGGCUGUUUGUGAAUGAGGAAGCAUACGCAAAUGCUUCUCGUAUAUUGGAUGAUAUGGAAGGAAAAACGGGUGAAAGCACGAAGUAUUUGAGUGUCAUUAGCAGUGUAAUGGAAGGGGAACAUGAUAAAUUGGAAAAGCUUAUAUCUUAUGGAAAUCAAAUGGGAGACCUUGCGGCUAAGGCGGGUGGAUUAUUUGUUGAAGUUAAUGAAAGCGUAAGAGCAGUGAGGAAGGAAAUACGUGACGCUCUUAUACAAGCAAACAAAUAUUAUACGGCUGUUGCGGAAAUUGCAGGAACGGUGUGGGCUUUUGAUGGACAAAAAGUGGUUGAAGGUGAUCACAAGUGUGACCUUGAAGCAAGUAAAAAAACCGUAGAGUUUCAAUCUAAGUGCAGCGCCCACACGUGUCCGCUAAGAAACGGAGUGAAUAAGAGCACCCUUCAACAAUACAAGAAUGGCUGCCUCGAAAUAAGUGUUAUGCACAGCCAUAUUGUGGACUUCUGCCACCAAUCGCCUAGGAAUGUCCUCUAUGUUAGUGGCGCUGUAAAAGACUCAGGUAAUGCACUGAAAUGGAAACCCGGUCAUGCUUUCUUCCUCACUAUUGAAGUAAAGGGUAUCUUCAGCUCCCUCAUCGCUUCCUUUACUGCUGGUCAUCCACCUCCCGUACUUCUUGCAAUGGUGUCCAAUAUGACUUUACUUUACUCGCUUUUCAGUGAGACUUACAGCAAUUUCACUUCGUUGUUGCUCGGCACAAGUAUCACCGAUAAUUUGAAUAGUACUGAUUCUACCACUUGA